UUCAGGUUGAUAGGUAAACGGGAUGUGUAGGAUGAAACCUUUAUAAUUGAAGAGUGUUCUAUUUACCUUCUAGGUUCGCUGCCAUUGAUUCGGGAGAAUCUGAAUGCCGAUGACGUUAGCUUAUAAGAGUGAGAGGAUUUGUAAAGGAUAUCUAUUAUGUACUUUCAUAGCCUUUAUAGCACAUCUAUUGAUGCGCGCAUGUAUCUAAAGAGCGAUACUUCCUGAACUGAUUCCCGGCGUUAAUCCCCCAGGAAUUUCCCAAGAAAACAAACACUGUUGAGAGCGAUUUAACAAACGGAUAUUCUCAAUCUGGAAAAAUUACACGUCAAUAUAUUGGUAUUGGUAAUACAGCACUCCACAACGCAAACUUUUGUUGAUGCCCCCGAUCCGAAAGAAACCUCCGAUAGGACGUUAUUGGAUAAAUCAACUCGUACCUUAUUCUUCAUCGAAUUUUGAUGAGUGGAGAACUGGUUCAAUCAUCGAAGCAGAACCAAUCCUGCAUGCCGAAACAAUGUGUACUCAAUAGGAUCGGAUCUUAUUUCUUUGAACGAUAGAUUAAUUCUAGACAAGAUUGGACAGUUUUGAAGUUAGGCCUGAAACUGUAUACGCUCAGGGAGUUGAUUGAAUUAAGUUAUUCUCUCCUAUACUUAGUGGUGAGGAUAUCGGAGACAUGGCAGGAUGUUUAUUCUGUAGUUGGUGAUAAAUAAUUAGAGGAAACAAUGGGGGAUUACCCAACUAUUGUAAACAACGCAACGGGGAAGCAUAAUACAGGAGAUGAAUUAUACUCACGGGAUGACGAUGGUAUCAGAGGAGUUAAUACAACUCAUAAUUCCACAGAUAUAAUGAAAACUAUAGGUUUGGAUGUUAAUAUACAUACGGGUAUGGAUAACAUGCAUUAUUUGGAUAACACUGGGGAAAACAUAGGAUUACCCUUAGCCCAACGAUUAUCGUAUUCGUAUAGCGCAACGUUGAACUUAUCUGAAAACAUAUCCCUAUGCAACCCACUGAUGAAUGGGUCAUAUACUGGGCUCAACCUUACGUCAUGUGAAAUGUUGAACUCGACCACCGAAGCGACAGUGAAAUAUAACUUAUUAGUUGAUAUCCCACUUGGUAUUGUUCUAGGAUUAAUGUGCUUGAUGACUUUUCUGGGAAACGCAAUGGUUUUACAAGCAGUAAGGACAGAAAAACGUCUCCAGACGGUGAGCAAUAUGUUUAUCGUUAGUCUAGCAGUUAGUGACCUUAUUGUUGGGCUAUGUGUGAUGCCUAUCAGCGCCAUCUAUAUAUUCACAAAGGAUUGGUUGUUCGGGGUCUUCGUUUGUCAGUUCUGGAUUGGAGUGGACUAUACGGCAAGCACGGCGUCCAUAUUGAAUUUAUUCAUCCUUAGUCUCGACAGACACUGGUCCGUGACGUCACCUUUGAAAUAUCUGAGACAACGGACGAAAAAACGCGCAUGUAUUAUGAUAUCAUUGGUGUGGUUUGCCUCGUCUCUGUGGCUUAUUCCAGUCAUAGGUUGGCACUACUUUUACAAUAAUGGCGUACGCACUGUACCUAGUAAUGUUUGUGACACUGAGUACGCCCAGAAUAAACUAUUAAAAAUCGUCACGGGGAUAUUUAAUUUCUAUGUACCUCUAGGUAUAAUGUUUGUCUUAUAUGGAAAAAUAUUCUGGGAAAUCAAGAAAAGAGCGAAGUUUGAAAUAGGGCAGAGGAACGUUGGGGGAGCUUCCACAAGUGCCAAAUAUACCAAAUCUCAGGGAUGUUCAAUAGAUUCCCGUAGAAACUCUCACGUGUCCGAUACUUUUGAGGACGACUCCUCAGACCCCCCUAGUGCCAGUGCCAGGUUUAAUAAUCUUCUCCGAGUACCCGGGGAUUAUACUGACGUGACCUCAGACGAGGAAAUAGUUCGCAAAACUGUUGUUGCCGAAUACACGGAGUUACGGUCAAUAGGGAAUAAAUCUCAAAAUGGAUAUACAUUAAUUGAUAAAUCAACACCAUCUAUACAUAUCCAAAUUGAUUUUGUCUAUGAUGAGUGUGUCAUGGAUUCAACCACAGAAAAACUUGAACGUUAUGUGUAUUCAUCUGAAACUGACGAGGAUCACAUGACGCCAAAACACAAGCCGUGGAGCGUGUCUGAAAUCGAACACGACACGUCAAGGAAGCUGCUUCCAUCUAGGGGGAACUAUCACAGUAUCAAUAGGCCUAAUGGCGCCUCAAGAAGAUCAGAAUCGCGUUGCAGCAGAAGCUCUUCCUUCAAGGAAAGAACGUUCAGGGCUAGGCAAUCCAGCUUACAAAGACCAAAUGCUCACAGGUCACAGUCAAGAAACGGUCCAGAUAGACUGAAUCAAAAACGACAUUCAGAUGCAUCUCUCUUAGAAUUUUUCCGACGAUCUGAACACGCCCCACAGAUCAGUCGAACCAAAAGUAUGAAACAGAACGCAGCAAGAUUGUUGAGACUUAGAACACAUUGCAAUAAGAAAAAGAAACAAAGCUCUGCGUUGACACGUGAAAUUAAGGCAGCGAGGCAACUGGGUGUUAUAAUGGGGGCGUUCACCAUCUGUUUCCUUCCUUACUUCAUCUGUUUUCUGGUUGUAGCGUUCUGCUUCAACUGUAUAAGCGAUGAUCUCAUGACAACAGUCACUUGGAUAGGAUACCUCAAUAGUACAUUGAAUCCAAUACUGUACCCACUAUGUAAUAUCAAUUUUAGAAGAAAGUUAAAAACAAUGUUAUGCAUUAAAUCAAAGGACGGUAAAAACCCCCAUAAUCCGAAUAACAGUCAUUACAUGAGAGAGAGAUUAUCUAGUCGCCCAAGUAUCGCUGUCGCUGACGAUUAUUGAAUAUAUAGAUUUUUCUACUCAUCAUUGAUGAUAUUUUGUGAUGCAAAAUAAAAUCACCUGUAUAUUACAUAACGAACAAGUGUGUAUUGUGUCAUAUUCGAUUCGUUGCUAAUGGAAGAUAUACGAUGAUUAAUUAUAUGGGGACCAUUUUUAUUUACUUUUUGCCAAAAGUCUGCCAUCUAUUUAUGCUCUCAAAGUUGAGAUUAAGCUAUUGCCUGCCAUCUUUCAUAAAACAAUGCUGAUUCGUUCGUAUGUUAAGUAUAGUAUUAUUCAAAAGAUGGAUUGUUGUUCGUUCAAAAGCAGUGCCAGGAAUAGGUUUAGCAUCGGACCCAUUUGUUACUA